UAUAGUACGUGACAAGCUUCUCUUUCCCUCCAAAAACUCUGAAGCGAAGUGAAAACUGUUCGCAAAAAUCAAUACGACGGCGUCUUGUCAACUUUUCAUGUCUUACAUAGUACGAAGCACCAUUUGAUCAAUUUAUCAAAAUCCACACCAUUUUUGCUUAUCACCAUGCUCUUCUCUCUCCUUUGAAGGUGUAACAAUGGCGGAAACCCUAUCCCCCAAUCCAAUUCCAAAUCCGAUGAAGCAAAAACCACCAAUACCGGCUCCUACGAGCCCAUAUUUCUUAGGCUCCAAUGAUGACCAACUCGAACGCGCUGCCGCACGAGCCGCUCGUGCCGCCGCUUUCCGCCGGAAGCCUGUCGAAGUUCAUCAUUUUCGAAGUUCUCUCCCCCCUGCCUCCUGCCUUAACCGCCGUCAAAUUAUGGAGUUGUUCCAAAACUGCGUUAAGCUUGCCAGUGAAAAUAAAAUAAAUCAGAAGAAUACGUGGGAACUGAAGUUAAUUGAUCAUCUUAGUGAGAUUAUUGAAGCUGAAUCAGAAGAAAACAAUGCUGAAACCAACUUUCAGAAGGCAAGUUGUACUCUGGAAACUGGGGUGAAGAUUUAUGCUGCGAGGGUUGAUGCAUGGCAUGCUGAUGCAUAUAGAGUCCUGAAUGGAAUCAGCAGAGUUGGUCUAGAAGAAAAGGAAGAAUCUUUAAUUAGAGGAGACAAAACCAGCAAGGAGAGAGAGGUGGGCAGGCGUGUAAAGGAAGAAGAGAGAAAGGUGUCACCUUUAUCAACAGUGGAGUCAUCCUUUGAAACUUUGAAUGUUAAGAAGUUAGAUGUUGCAUUUGCAGUAGAUCCUCUGUAUUAUCAGACCUCUGCACAGUUUGAUGAAGGUGGGGCUAAGGGUCUCCUUCUGUGUAAUCUUGGACUGUAUGGAGGGUGCAGGGUACUUUUCGAUUCCCAAGAAAUCCCAGCAAAGUGCAUAUCACCCACAAAUAGUAGUACAAGUUCUGAUCUGGUUGAUGUCUCUUUCGCUAAAGAUUGUAUUGAGCUAAUGGCGGCAAACUUGCAUCAGCAACAAGAUAUAUCUCCUAGUCUUAGAGUUUUACUAAAGCAGAUUGACUUGACAUCUGAUGGCAUGGAACGAAAUGUCCAUGGAAAUGUAAUUGAUUCAGAUGAAGUUGAGUUCAAUAUGGGCACCAGUGACCCAACUGAGGAUAUAGGGGUUGAGAUUAAUGAUGGUUCUUGUGAUGAUACUGGGGAAUGGUCUGCAGAUAGUUACUACGAUACAAAUGUUUCUGAUAAUGUAGAAAGCAAGGGUAAUCCUACAGUGGAAGACUACUAUGAGCAAUCACUCACCAAUGAACCUAUUGUGAGUGAUAACUUUGAGAAUGCUGCUUGGAUUUUCAGUAAAGGAAUGGGAUGUAAAUUAGCACGUAAUGCAUGGGCUGGACCUGACCACUGGACUUAUUCAAAACCCAAUGGUCCAGAAAGUACUUCAGCGCAUGAUACCGGGCCGUGUGCUGCAAAGAGACCAAAAUAUAAAAUUAUUUCGGAUUCAGAUAUUGAGUUCACCAGAAGUUUGGAUGAUAAAGUUCCUGAUAUAUGUGUUCCAGUUAAAAAUCUGAAGUCUUUGCUUCUUCCUCCUAAAAAGGUCUCAUGUACAAACAAGCUUCCUGAGGAUUGCCAUUAUCAACCGGAGGAUCUUGUGAAGUUGUUUCUUCUUCCAAAUUUAAUGUGCCUUGGGAAAAUAAGAAGAAGAGUUACAGGUCCUGACUCGUUGCUGCAAUCAGAUGAUUUUGAUGGAUCGUUUUCUUCAUGGGACAAUGAUAGUACAGUUGAUGGGCCAUAUGAUGGUUAUAAUCACAGAGAUGCAGAGGACAUACUUGUUUCUGAACCUCGUAGGGUUGAUAAAAUUGAAGUUGAAUAUGACAAAACUUCAAAACAAGUUGAUGUACAUGUGCUGAAGGAAACACUUUGGACCCUUGUGCAAGGAUUAAUUCAAACGCCUGAAGUGAAGAAGCAUCCGGGUUCUGUAUCUUUUAGACAAGUGUUGACCACCUUUCCUGACGAUUGCAAAGCUGCUGCAACUCGUGAUAUUUCUCCUCAUCUAUGUUUCAUCUGCCUUCUGCAUCUUGCAAAUGAACAUGGACUGACAAUCGUAGGCUGCCCCAAUUUGGAUGACCUCAGUAUAAAUCUUCCUGUUGCAUGUGAGGAAGAAACAGGCGCCACUGGAUGUGAUGAAUGCAUCUGUGCAGCCUCAACCAUCACCACUUACCCUGCUGGUUUAUAUUCAAUUGAUAAAAUCCUGGUAUUAUUCUUACUAACUUUCAUGUGCAGUUUAUUUUCCUUUUCAUACUCACUCCAGUUAUAUGCGGGAUAUUUUUUCCCUGUUUUGAUAUUUGAAUGGCAAGUCUUCUUGCAGUUCCAACUCCCUACUAAUCUACUAUACAGUUAGUGUUAUAGACCAUUG